CUACAAUUCAAAAGUCACUCUCUUGGAGGAAGACCUCUCUCUGAGCCUGUUGGGAACCUGUCACUCAUCACCUAAGAUCUGGAAACAUUCACUCAUAAAAGCUAGGCAAUAUUCAAGACGCGUCGGCUGGACCACGUGGCUUAAAGAUACUAAUAUUCAGGGAUGUACUACUACUCUGAAGUUUAAAUUUUUAAAAAACUAAAAUGAGACAAGGCUGCUUUAAGAGAGAAACAGGAAGUUGUAACUGCAAGGCAACUGAAUACUAAGCUGGGGCGGUAUGCCUCGAAGCUGCGACUAAGUGGAUGUGGUUGCAGACCGGGGACGUACGCCUCCUGCCCCGGACUUCUCUUGCAAAAGUUGUUGAGGGAGCGGGCGGCUCGCCUCCAUCCUGGCUGUUGGCUCGGGCAAGCCCCUCAAGGAACUGCCAUGGGGAGUCUCCGAUUCCUGUCCCCCAAAGAGGAGUCUCAGUUCCAGCACCAGGGCGCGGUGGAGCUGCUGGUCUUUAAUUUCCUCCUCAUUCUGACCAUCCUCACGAUAUGGUUAUUCAAAAACCAUCGGUUCCGUUUCUUGCACGAAACUGGAGGGGCCAUGCUAUACGGUCUCAUAAUGGGAUUGAUUUUACGCUAUGCUACAGCACCAACUGACAUUGAAAGUGGAACUGUUUAUGACUGUGGAAAGCUGGCUUCUACUCCAUCAACUCUUCUAGUUAAUAUCACUGACCAAGUUUAUGAAUAUAAAUAUAAAAGAGAGAUCAGCAAACACAACAUUAAUGCUCACCAAGGCAAUGCAAUGCUUGAAAAGAUGACAUUUGAUCCUGAAAUCUUCUUCAAUGUUUUAUUGCCCCCAAUUAUCUUUCAUGCUGGAUAUAGUUUAAAGAAGAGGCAUUUUUUCCAAAAUUUGGGAUCAAUUAUAACAUAUGCUUUUUUGGGAACUGCAAUUUCCUGUAUUGUUAUUGGGCUAAUAAUGUAUGGCUUCGUGAAGGCGAUGGUACAUGUGGGCCAGCUAAGAAAUGGAGACUUUCACUUCACUGACUGUUUAUUUUUCGGUUCAUUGAUGUCUGCUACAGAUCCAGUGACGGUGUUAGCUAUUUUCCAUGAACUACAUGUUGAUACUGAUCUGUACACACUCCUUUUUGGGGAAAGUGUGUUGAAUGAUGCCGUGGCCAUAGUUCUCACAUAUUCUAUAUCUAUUUACAGUCCCAAGGACAACCCAAACACUUUUGAUGCUGCUGCCUUCUUCCAAUCCGUUGGAAACUUCCUGGGAAUCUUUGCUGGAUCGUUCGCCAUGGGAUCUGCCUAUGCUGUUGUCACGGCUCUGUUGACCAAAUUCACGAAGCUAUGUGAGUUCCCCAUGCUGGAAACGGGUCUGUUUUUCCUCCUGUCUUGGAGUGCUUUCUUGUCUGCAGAAGCUGCGGGUCUGACAGGAAUAGUGGCUGUCCUUUUUUGUGGAGUCACACAAGCCCAUUAUACCUACAACAAUCUGUCGUCAGAUUCCAAAAUGAGAACAAAACAGCUGUUUGAGUUCAUGAACUUCUUGGCGGAGAAUGUCAUCUUCUGCUACAUGGGUCUGGCGCUGUUCACGUUCCAGAAUCACAUAUUUAAUGCUCUUUUUAUACUUGGGGCAUUUUUAGCAACUUUUAUAGCAAGAGCCUGCAACAUCUAUCCCCUCUCCUUCAUCUUGAAUUUGGGCCGAAAACAGAAGAUCCCCUGGAACUUCCAGCACAUGAUGAUGUUUUCAGGUCUACGUGGAGCAAUAGCAUUUGCCCUCGCUAUUCGGGACACUGAAUCUGAGCCCAAACAAAUGAUGUUCACAACUACACUGCUCAUCGUUUUCUUCACAGUUUGGGUAUUUGGGGGAGGAACUACACCAAUGCUGACAUGGCUUCAAAUCAGAGUUGGUGUUGAUCCAGAUGAAGAUCUGAAGGCAGACUCUUCACAGCAGGAAGGAGAUAAUUUGGACAGAAACCCUACAAAGGCAGAGAGUGCUUGGCUUUUCCGAAUCUGGUAUGGUUUUGACCACAAAUAUCUGAAACCAAUUUUGACUCAUUCUGGCCCACCACUCACAACUACUUUACCAGAAUGGUGUAAUCCAAUUUCCAAAUUGCUGACCAGUCCAAAAGCAUAUGGGGACCAUCUGAAGGAGGAUGAUACAGACUGCAUUGUGACUCAUGAUGAACUGGCCAUGAACUUCCAAGAGCAAACCCCUUUGCCAUCCAGCCCCUCUGCAGAGUUGAAUUUGGACCCCAAAGCCUCUCUGAAGACUCCAAGCAAAGAAAACAUCUACGAGGGGGACCUUGGAUUAGGUGGCUAUGGACUCAAGCUUGAACACACUCCUGGGCAAUCCCAGCCAAAUUCACUGGCAUGAAUCUUGUGCCCAUGAUUACCAGUAAUGCUGGUGGAGGAUCACGGAGGAAUACGAGCCCAGCUGAUUAGACAGAGCUGGGAAGAUGCUGGGAAAUGUAUUAAAAGCAUAAAUUGAAGAGAAUCGAAAUCUUGUCACAUGAAUCCCUCUGGUGCCUGAAGAAAUGAGAAUUUAUGAUCACCCCUCCAUAUUAUACAACUGAAUUUAAUUUUUGACAGCAGCAAUUUUUAUUAAUGAAUUGGGGGUAGGGGAGGGUCAAUAAUCUAACAUCUCCAAGGGUGACAUGAUACAUCCACGCCUGCCAAUGUGUCCUCUCAAUCCGAUUCUCCCCAAGCUCUUGACUCAUAAAGGGGAUUUGAGACUUCUAAUUAGAGAAAGAAAGCUGGAGGGGAGGAGGAGGAAGUAGGUGAAGAAGGGGAAGAGGAGGAGAAGGAGAAGGAGGACUGCGGUUGGGUAUGUUUUGUUUUGUUUUUUAAAGGAAUAUACACAUUUGCACAUAUUGCAAUACUCAAUACUCAGUCCAGGCCUGAGCUGAGUGUUUAGUAAGACUUUGCAGUUUAUCUCCUUUUGCCCAGGCUGCCCCCAACCCUUCAAUCUGGGCCCCAUGCCUGGAAUUUCCUCACCAACCCCUAACUUCCUUCAAAGUACCCUAGAGGACCACCUUCUAAGUAAAGCAUUUCCUGAGCAUCCAUCCCAUCCCCCCCAAAAAAAUUGUUAGUAUUCUCUCACUCCUCCAAUUAGCUGGAGUUUCUGUGUGCAUGUGAUAUUCCCCUUUCCCCCAGGAGACCAUAAGCCCUUGAACUAGGGACUUUUCCUUUUUUUUAAUCUUUGAAUUCCCCAGCAUCUGCACGCAGAGGUGCUUAAUUAAUGCUUGCUCAUAAAUUGUAACCCACUAAUAGAAGCCAAAUUGUAUUUUGGAGAAGCAGGCCCAGUCUCUCCAGAGGCUAUCAGUUCAACUUGAUUUGACAACCCCACUGGAUUCCUUUGGCCAGAUUAGGAAUUUUUUCUUUGUAUUAUUCUGGUCCUGUUCAAUGAGCUGCCAGCUAAGUGCAGGCUCUUACUAAAGCCCUCUCUAAGACUUCCAAGGAAAAGAUGGAUCUCUUCCCCCUCCCCAGCCCUGUGUUUGCCUGAUGAAUGAGCUUCCCUGCCAGUGUUUACAUUUUAAUCCGUUCUUGGCUCCAAAGGGGAUGUUUUCUGUAUUUUCUCUAAUGAGAUUCAGGAAAGCACAGGUUGCCAUCCCCAUGGUAGGAGGAUAUGCCCAGGCCCCUGUCCAGCCACCUGUCCAUUCAAUCCUAAUAUGAAUCUAUGAUUAAAAACAGCAGACGUGUGAGGAAGGGGGAGAUAGACUUUAGUGCCUUUCCAAAAGCAAGAAGUCAAAAAGGCUCAGGGAGAAGAGGGAAAAGAGAGAGAAAAUUUCAGCUUCUGCUUACAAGGGACAGUUCACAGCACAUUGUUGGGAUGUGAGAAUCAGGUGGCUAUUUGAUUCAAUCACCUGAUCUGAGCCUUUGGAAGCAUGAAGGUACCUCCAGCCUGGCUGCUCUUAAAAUGAAAAUAUUCACGUGAGACUUCGAGAUGCAAGCUUUGGCUUUAGAUGAUCUGAUUAUAACGAGUCUUCAAGGAAUUAGCUCAGUGUUUUUUUUGAAGGCUAGUAAAGGAAGAAGUUCUCAUGUCCAAGAAAUCUGGAAAUAAUAUGGGCGUUGUUGACCAAAUGUUCAGUCUUAUGCAUUAGCUGGAAAGAUGGCAGAUGCUCCAAAGUGAGCAUCACUUACUUUGUUGUUUCAAUGGUGGUAUACAGAGGCUCAAAGGACGCAGAGAAGGAAAAAAGUGGAAACCUGCUUUGGGGCAUUCCAGAAAAUGCAAAAAAAAAAAAAAUGGUGGAGCAUGGGGUUUUCUGGUUUGACUUGAUCUAAUAAAAUAUUACUUUAAAAACGAGACAA